CCGAAAAAGCCACUGAGAAAGUAUCUCAAACACACACGCUCGUACUCUUUCUUUCUCUUCUUUCUCUUUCUCUCUCUACUCUCUCUCUCUUCGUCGUCGUUUUCUGCUCUGUUUACCCUUCGCCGGAACCCUAAUUCGAUCCCAGAGAAACUCGAAGACUUCGGACGAGACUAACGGCUAGGGUUUGGUUGAAGCAGUCGAUGAGUGUACGAUUGAGGAGCAGUUGAGGGCUGGAUUUCGUCACCGGAUGGAGGGAGGUAGCGUCUCUAGACUUUCUUCUUCUGGAAUACACCCAUGGAUUAUGAUGACAGUGAUCUUCACAGCCAAAAUUUUCAUCUAGCUGGAGAAGGGACUACUAAAUUUCCUCCUGUUUUGCGACCAUAUGCUCUUCCCAAGUUUGAUUUUGAUGACAACCAUUUGAGGUUUGAUAGUUUGGUUGAAACAGAAGUUUUCCUUGGUAUAGAAAGUAAUCAAGAUAAUCAUUGGAUUGAGGAUUUUUCUCGUGGAAGUAGCGGGAUAGAGUUCAAUUCAAGUGCAGCAGAAUCUUGUUCUAUUUCUAGGCGUAACAAUGUCUGGUCUGAGGCCACUUCCUCUGAAUCUGUUGAAAUGCUAUUAAAGUCUGUUGGGCAGGAAGAAAGUAUUGCUGCACCAACCAUCAUUGAGGAAGCAGAUGCCUGUGAUGAAUUUGGUUGCUUAACAAAGCAAAUGGAGCAUAGUUUGAAACAUGACGGUAGCAUUCUUUCUCAGACGAAGGAUGUUACAAAGUUAGAGACUGCGUUACCACCAGAUGAAAUUGCUGGAAACUCUUCUGGCUUAAAGGGGGAUGUAGGAGUGGACCAGCGUCACGUUGAGGAUCCUUCACAAAAUCAGGGAGGUGAAAGUGUUGUUCAUGGCAGUUCACACAACCGUGAUCCAAAUGCUGAUAGUCAAAAGGGUAGCUUACAUGUAAGUGUGGGAGAUAUCUUUGUGGAUUUAAAAUGCGACGAUGCAAACAGAAUGGACAUUGAUGAACAUCUGGAUGUCCAAAUGCAAGAAGAUUCUUUUGCUUCUAGAUUACGAGAUGAUAAUUUAGCAACGUCUGAGCAAAAUACCAUCACAAGCAAUACUGAACUUAAUAGUAAUGUCCAGCCUCAAAUCAAUGUUUCCUGUGAUGAGAAUCCAGAAGGUCAUGUGUUAAGCAAGGAGGCUAAAAUGGACAAUCAGAAUGCAUAUGUAAAUGUAGUUGAAAAUACUUGUCACAAUGAAAACCCUCUCCACUCAGCGUCUAAGGUGGAAACUGUUGCAGAGAUUAGUGUAAUUGAGGCAAACGAAAGAAAUGUCGAGGAUCCUUCUAGUGGGAUUCAAAAGGAACAUUCUGAGCUGCCUACAGUUGCUGGACGCAGUAAAGAUGAAUGUUCUGCAGUUCCUGUCGAGGCCAGUAAAAGUGAAGAUAUGGUGCUGUAUGAAGGCACAAGUAUUGGUGGUGAUCAUGUAGGAGUUAUACUUGCCAUACCACCAGAGGCCUUAAAAAAUGAUGUUCAGUCUGGGAGGCAUGCAGUUGAGGACAGCAACACAAGUUCUGAAAUGCCUUCUACUCUGGAACCAAAGACGGAUUAUGUAGAGAGCAGUGGCAUGGAGGAUGUGGUAGAAAGUGGGCGGCAGUUAGAUAAGGAGAUUCUAGUCCAAAAAUCCGAGACAUCUUUGUCAUCCAUUGAUGUUACUAAGACUUUUGAGGGUGAAGGUCUUGAAAAUGUUACAUGUUCUUCAGCUGAAUUAUGUGGUGAAACAGAUGUCACUGGAGCUUUGAAGCGUGUCCAUGAUGCUGUAGGAUCUUCCAGAGAGAAUCUGAGUGCUGAGAGCCAUGUUCUGCCCACCAUUCUAGUGGAUUCCACGCAAAUAUGUGAGGGAGACAAAGCCCAAGGGGAGGCUGAUGUUUAUACGUGUAAGCGAGAUGAUUCUGUGAGUGAAAAGGAGAACACAAAGUCACCUAAUGAUUGCAGUUAUAUGGAUAGUGAAUCUGUAGGUAAGGAAGUUGGUUCAUCACUUGGUGAAAGUAGCACAAAGAACGAGUUGGAUAUUUCAACAUUAGGAGUUACUGCUGCUGGAUAUGAAUCAGUGUCAGAUGCUGCCUUGCCGAAGUCCAACUUGGCUUCUGAUGAGAAGGGUGAUGAGGUUUCUUUUGCUUCUGAAAAUGGAGCGAGGACAGGAGUUGAUCACAGAGACAGUCAAAUGUCAGCUGUUCCUGUUGUGGGGUCGAUUUUCUUGGAAGUAACAGAAGAAGCUACAAGAAAACUUCUUGCUGAUUCAAGUGUAUCUUCUCAGGUAGAAGCUGUUUCUGAAGCUAAAGAAGAUACUCCUCGUGAUACUUCUGGAGAGCUCUUGUGCAAGACUGUUGAACAGUCUGUGUCAACAGUUAAUGAACUUACUGAGGGACGUGGAAAGGAGUUGAAUAUUUCUCCUGUUCUUUUUGAAUCUACCGCGACAGAUGUUGUUGUCACUGAAGCAGUAGCUUUGCCUGAAACUGACAAGAAGGCCGCCAUAAGAGAACAGGUUCUUAAGGAUGCUGCAAAUACUUCAGAACCAACUACAAAUAAAGAAGAGAUUCUCGCAGAGACUGAACCUCUACCAUUGGUUGAACCACUUGAUAGAACUUGUCAAAAUGUUCAGGAAGGCCAUAUAGUCACCCUCAUAUCGAAAGAUAAGAGUUUUAAGAAGACUAGUGAGUCAGACGCCAAAAAUAAUGGAGGCAGUUCUGUUGAUCGUAGCGUACCUACUCCUGGUUCCCCUAAGCUUUAUCAGGGUGUACAUGGGGCGGAAGAGGGUGUCAAGGGAUCCACAAAUCUGAAUUCCUCAGAUUCUAAGGUCUCUGAUGGUGAUUCUGGAAAGGUUGCAUCCGGUGCCCAAGAUUCAAAAAGAAUAGAUGCCUCCAAGGAGGGGCAAAGUGGGAGUUUUGGUGUCAGCUCAUCUACACAAUUGGCUAAAAGAGAUGCUGGAAAAAACUUGCAGUCGUACCCUGCUAGUUCAGCUGCAGGAAUUGCAGAGGGAUCUCCUUUAAAUUCUCUUGUGGGCCAAAUGGACCCCAAGAUUACUCAAGAUAUUUCUCAGGCAACUCCACAAGUCUCCAAUGUAGAAAUUGCACGUGGUCGCUCUAAAGGUACUCCCGAGCGUAAAUCCAGGCGAUCAUCAGCCAAGGCAACAGGAAAAGAUAAUGCAAAGAAAGGAAGUAAUUUGAAAGAAACAACUCCGGCAAAACAAGCAGAAAGAGGCGAAAAAUCAGCUCCAACUGGGAUUUUCCAUGUUAUGCAAUCAAACGAGAUGCAGCAUUAUGGACAUGUUGAAGGCAACAAUAAUAAUAAACCGUUCUUUGUUCUUGCUGCAUCAACAUCCAGUCUACCAGAUUUAAAUGCUUCGGCUUCACCUUCUACGGUUUUUCAACAACCUUUUACAGACUUCCAACAAGUGCAAUUGCGUGCCCAGAUCUUUGUAUAUGGAUCUUUGAUUCAAGGGACAGCACCUGAAGAAGCGUAUAUGCUGUCAGCAUUUGCAGGAUCUGAUGGUGGAAGGAGCAUGUGGGGGAAUGCCUGGCAAGCGUGUGUUGAGAGGCUACAAAGUCAAAAGUCUAAUCCUAUUAAUCCAGAAACUCCUUUGCAUUCACGUCAAACCUCUACCGCUACCACAAAACUAGACCAAGUUAGCAAACAGAGUGCUCCUCAAACUCAAAGUAAAGGUUUAUCCACACCAGUUAGUCGAUCAAGCACCAAGAGUUCUCAAACCAUUGUAAGCCCUAUGAUACCCCUGUCGUCUCCUCUUUGGAGUCUCCCCACACCAGUUGGUGACGGCAUGCAGUCUGGUGUCAUGCCAAGAGGUUCUGUCAUGGACUAUCAGCAGGCAGUUACCCCAAUGCAUCCUUUUCAGACACCCCCUAUCAGGAACCUUCUUGGACAUAACACUUCAUGGAUGUCUCAGGUCCCCUUUCGCGGUCCCUGGGUUCCUUCUCCGCAACCUUCAGUACCAGAGGCCAGUAUACGUUUUACAGCAUUUCCUAAUACAGAACCUGUUCAGUUGACUCCUGUAAAGGAUACAACUGUGCCGCAUUCCUCUGGUACAAAACAUGUCUCAUCCAGUCCUAUGGUUCAAACUGGUGCUCUAGCUAGUGUAUUCACCACUGCUGCUCCUGUGGUUGACUUGAAAAAGGUGACGUCAUCACCUGGGCAGCAUUCUGCUGAUACUAAGCCUAGAAAAAGAAAAAAGAACCAAGCUUCUGAGCAAACGAGCCAGGUUAUUUUGCAAUCUCAAUCCAAACCAGAAGCACUUUUUGCACCAGUGGUAUUUAGUAAUCUGACUACAUCUGUUGCCAUCACAAGCCCUGCUUCUUUCGUGUCUCAAGCUAUGCCAGAGAAAUUGGUUGUGUCUGCAACUCCUACACCUUCUUCUGAUUCUCUUAGAAAAGCAGACCAUGAUGUAGUGCAGAAGGCUAUUUUAUCGGAAGAAACUCAUAGUAAAAUUAAGGAGGCUAGUAAACAGGCGGAGGAUGCAGCUGCUCCUGCUGCUGCAGCCGUUGGGUACAGCCAAGAAAUAUGGGGUCAGUUGGAGAAGCGGAAAACUUCUGGAUUGGUAUCGGAUGUUGAAGCUAAAUUGGCGUCUGCUGCUGUAGCAGUAGCAGCUGCUGCUGCUGUUGCAAAGGCGGCUGCUGCAGUUGCCAAUGUCGCAUCCAAUGCGGCAUUGCAAGCAAAAUUGAUGGCUGAUGAAGCAUUUGUUUCACAUAGCUUUGAAAAUCCCAGUCAAAGUACUAGAAUUUCAUUUUCUGAAAGGGUGAACGAAUUUGGAAAGGCUACUCCUGCAUCUAUUUUGAGGGGAGAAGAUGGAGCGAACAGUUCAAGUUCAAUAAUUACUGCUGCUAGGGAGGCUGCUAGGAGAAAAGUGGAAGCUGCAUCAGCCGCCUCAAAGCGAGCUGAAAAUAUGGAUGCGAUUGUAAAAGCUGCUGAGUUGGCUGCAGAAGCUGUUUCACAAGCUGGGAAGAUUGUCGCAAUGGGUGAUACUUUACCUCUGAACGAGCUAAUAGAAGCUGGUCCAGAGGGUUACUGGAGAGCACCUCAAUUAUCUUCAGAGUGGGUUGCAAAAUCAACCGAAAUAACUAGAGAGCAAUCGAGAGUUGGAGGUGUUGGAGAAGGUGCAAAUUUUUCUGCUAAGAAUUCAAAAGAUGGAAGAUUAGGUAAGAAAGAAACACAGACGACUGUUAAUGAGAAGUCUUCUAUUUCAAGAGAGGUGACCAAAGAAUCAAUGGAGGAGCAUUUGAGACUGGUAGAUGGAAUCUCUGGUUCUGUUAUAGCCAGUGAGAGGGAAUCAAGGGGACAGAAAGGUCACAAAGUUUCUGAUUUGACCAAAAACAUUGUCGUCGUACUCGAAUCUGAGACUAUUCCAAAGUCUUCUUCCAUUAAUGUUGAGAAUGACGUUGAAAAGGCAGCUGAAGUCCUUAAAGAAAAUAACAUCAAGGAAGGUUCUAAAGUUGAGGUAUUUAAAGAUGGUGAUGGAUUUAAAGCAGCCUGGUACACAGCAAAUGUUCUGAGUUUGAAUGAUGGGAAAGCUUGUGUAUCUUACACGGAGAUUGAACAGGAUGGCUUAGCACAAUUACAAGAAUGGGUGGCUCUUGAAGGUGAGGGUGAUGACCGACCCAAAAUUCGUAUUGCCCGCCCUGUUACUGCAGUGCGAUAUGAAGGCACGAGGAAAAGGCGCAGAGCAGCCAUGGGGGACUAUAAUUGGUCUGUCGGAGAUAGAGUUGAUGCAUGGAUGACAAAUAGCUGGUGGGAAGGAGUUGUCACCGAAAAGAAUAAAAAGGAUGAAACAUCAGUCACGGUCCAUUUUCCUGCUCAAGGUGAAACAUCAGUCGUCAAAGCAUGGCACCUUCGGCCUUCUCUCAUUUGGAAGGAUGGAGAAUGGGCGGAAUGGUCAAACUUGCGGAAUGAUUCCUCCCCACACGAGGGUGAUAUUCCACAGGAGAAGCGUUUAAAGUUGGGCAGUCCAGCUAUGGAAGCCAAAGGGAAAGACAAGAUAGAAAAAAGCACCGACAACUUGGAUGCAGGGAAACUUGAAGAAUCAAGAAUACUGGAUUUGGCUGCAACUGAAAAGAGAUUUAAUGUCGGUAAGAGCACUAGAAAUGUCAGCAAGCCUGAUGCACCCAGAAUGGUUCGAACUGGUUUGCAGAAGCAGGGAUCGGGAGUGAUAUUUGGUGUUCCUAAACCAGGAAAGAAGAGAAAGUUUAUGGAAGUUAGCAAAUAUAAUGUGGCAGAUCAGAGCAAUAAGAACAUCGAGGCAAAUGAUUCGCUUAAAUAUUUGAAGUACAUGGCGCCACAAGGACCAGGAUCCCGUGGACUGAAAAAUGAUCCCAAGGAAAAACGGAUAGCUGAAUCAAAGCUUAAAGGUCUUAAGUCUGGGAAGCCGCAAGCCGUUUCAGGUAGAACUGUCCUGCAGAGGGAGAACUUUUCAACGAGUGCAAUUUCCACUUCUGGUGAUAGCACUGCUGGAGACCACACGGGAAAUGCAAAGGAUUCUUUAAGCAAUGUUGAUAAUUUGUCCAGAAAGCAAAACUUGAUGGAAACCGUGUCCUUUUCUGGCUCUGUAGGACCAGCAGAAACCCCAUUUAUCUUUGCUUCGUUGGCCCCGGCACUAGAUGGUCCAUCAAAGAAAAUUUCUACAUCAACUGCUAAAUCUGAACGGGCAAAUAAAGGAAAACUUGCACCUGCUAGUGGAAAGUUGGGUAAAAUUGAGGAGGACAAAGUUUUUAAUGGCAACACCACCAGAUCAACAUCCGAAGUUGUUGAGCCCCGCAGAUCUAAUCGCAGAAUUCAGCCAACAUCUAGACUAUUGGAAGGAUUACAAAGCUCAUUGAUCAUACCAAAGUUUCCUUCAGUUUCACAUGACAAGGGUCACAGAGUUCAAAAUAAAAGUACUUCUAGAGGGAACAAUCAUGGUUGAGAGCUGUUGCACGGAUGGGCUCCAGUCCAAGGAUUGUCGGUUAGUGGAUAACCAAAGAAUCUAGCUUAGUUUAUGUGUAUAUUUAUGGUAGGGGAUAAAACUAGGAAAAGAAUUUCCUCUUUCCUUGGUUUUAGCCACUCAUAACAAUCUAGUCGGUAGAUGUUUAUAUUGAUUUUAGUUCAAAAGAUUCAAUUUUCUUAGGUCUUACUAGCUUUGUAUAUGGAAAUCCCUCCAUGUAGUUGGCUUGUGAUUGCAGAGGUGGUUUUCAGAGGAUUCACAAACUCUUGCUGCUUAAUCCCUUUUGAGAAAUAGUUCCUCUUGUGUCUCUCUAUCAAACCUAUCUCCAGCGAACACGUGCGAUCAUGAAAUUAUUUAAAAAUUAAAUAAUUUAUAUGGGAUUCUAUUCAA